GCAAUAGCAGAAAAAAAAGACUUCCCGGUUCUUUUUCAAAACCCCCAUUUGCUCUCUAAAACCCUCACACUCCUCACUAACCCCAAAAUCCUAGCAUAGCCACUUCAACCCUUCACCGCCACAAAUGGCCGGGAUUAUGAAACCCCCCGGCGCUUUCCAAGUCACGCCGCACAAAGUCUCCGUCUGCAUACUCCUCCAGAUCUACGCGCCGCCGGGCCAAGUCGCCGUCCCCUUCCCCUUCUCCUCCGCCGACCACCACAACCGCUUCGGCUUGUUCCUCCUCGCCCUCACCAAGUCCUACGAUGACAUUUUCGAGCCGAAAUUGGAUGAUCUGAUUCAUCAAUUGAGGGGGAUUGGAGGAUUAGUUCACUAUUUUCUGAUUGAUUCGCUCACGAAUAGGCUCUCUUCUCUUUUGUCUCCUGAUGAUUUGUUUAACUUCUUCAAUGAUACUAGAGGAGUCCUUGGCGGUCCGGAUGUUAUUUUGGAAGCUGACCAAGUUGUUUUGGAUCCAAACAGUAACCUCGGGAUGUUUCUUCGCCGCUGCGUGCUUGCAUUCAAUUUCCUAACCUUUGAGGGUGUAUGCCAUCUUUUGAACAGUAUACGGACGUAUUAUAAGGAAGCACUCUUGAGUUGUUCUCCGAAUGAGGUGCCUCAGUUGGAUGAUUCUAGUAAUGAUUUAGAAACACUUUCAGAGUAUGAAAAUAUGGACCUGGAGAAUUUUGUUUUUGAAAAAGUCACUGAAGAAAUGGAAGCUAGGCAAAGAGCCGGUGGAAGAGCUUCUUUUCAUCUUCAUGCACCUAAGGCACUUGUUGGACUGGUUGAAGAUAUUGAGGUUCCUGCGGCCCCAAAAGUGAAAUAUGGUGACAAACUUAGAGAAGGCUGUCAUUAUGCACAUCCUCCAAGCAAUACAUCAGGAGAUCUUGAUCCCAAUGGUGGAGUAUUCCUACGAACAAACUGGCAGGUGCAAGGAUUUCUACAGGAGCAAGCUGACGCACUCGAAAAGCAGGGGGGAACUUUCUCUUUGAAUGAUUUUGAACUUAUGCUGAGGCAACUUCAGAACUUGGCCCCUGAGCUGCACCGUGUUCACUUUUUGCGUUACUUAAAUAACUUAAAUCAUGACGAUUAUUUUGCUGCUUUGGAGAAUCUUCACUGCUAUUUUGAUUACAGUGCAGGGAUUGAAGGAUUUGAUUUUGCUCCUCCUUCAUCUGUUUCGGAUACCUCAGGAAGGUUUGAAAUUGCCUUGCUAUGUUUGGGAAUGAUGCAUUUUCACUUUGGUCACCCAAAGCAAGCUCUGGAGGUUUUGACUGAAGCGGUUAAUGUUUCUCGGCAGCAAAGUAAUGAGACAUGCCUUGCUUACACUUUAGCGGCCAUCUGCAAUUUGUUGUCAGAAACUGGUAUCUCUGGCACAACUGGAAUACUGGGAUCAUCAUAUUCACCUCUGACCCGAAUAGGCAUUUCGCUAUCUGUCCAGCAACAACUUUUUGUUCUCUUGAGAGGGUCUUUGAAGAGAGCAGACAAUUUGAAGUUAAAGCGAUUAGUAGCUUCCAAUCAUCUUGUGAUGGCAAAAUUCGAUUUAACGCAUGUACAAAGGCCUCUCAUUUCAUUUGGACCCAAGGCUUCAAUGAAGCUUAAAACAAACCCAGUUAAUGUAUGCAAGGAACUUAGAUUGAGUUCUCAAUUGAUUAGUGAAUUUGCGGCUGAGACUUCUUCAAUGACAACUGAUGGUGCUUAUAGUACUGCAUGGCUUAAGAAUUUAGAGAAACCAAUGGAUUUACAAGUCUUGUCUCAUGAAAGUGGAGGUAGCCGUGCCAAUGCUUUCCAAUUCUGUGCACAACCAAGUCCAGUUCCUGCAUCUGUGUUACAGUUAGUAGGCUCUUCAUAUUUAAUCCGGGCCACUGCAUGGGAAACAUACGGAAGCACCUCGCUUGCCAGAUUUAAUGCUGUUGUUCAUGCAACUUGUUUUCCUGAUGUUUCGAGCGCAUCUGACACAGCAUUAGCAUAUUUGAAGCUUAUCCAACAUCUAGCAGUUUCUAGAGGAUACAAAGAGGCAUUUAGUGCUCUCAAAAUAGCAUCUGAGAAGUUCAUGUCUGUCUCAAAGUCACGGAUCUUGGUAUUAAAACUUCAGCUGCUUCAUGAGCGUGCUUUACAUAGAGGACAUUUGAAGCUCGCACAACAAGUAUGUGAUGAGCUUGGAGUCCUGGCAUCAUCCGUCACUGGUGUGGAUAUGGAACUGAAGACAGAAGCGAGCCUUCGAAAUGCUCGUACCUUGCUUGCAGCAAACCAGUUCAGUGAGGCAGCAGCUGUAGCACACUCCCUCUUUUGCAUGUGUUACAAAUUCAAUAUGCAAGUCGAAAAUGCUACUGUUCUUCUUUUACUAGCUGAAAUCCACAAGAAAUCAGAUCAUUCUAAACGGGCCUUAAGCCUUAUACAUGGGGCUUUUCCUAUGAUUCUUGGUCAAGGGGGUUUGGAACUCCGUGCUCGGGCCUAUAUUGUAGAAGCAAAAUGCUAUCUAUCUGAUCCAAGCUUUUCUGUUUAUGAAAGUCACGUUGUGCUGGAUCCUCUGAGACAAGCUUCGGAUGAGCUUGAAUUGCUGGAGUAUCACGAAUUGGCAGCAGAAGCUUUUUACUUGAUGGCUAUUGUCUAUGACAAACUGGGAAGACAAGAAGACAGAGAAGAGGCUGCAGCUUCAUUCAAGAAUCACAUUUUGGCCCUUGAGAACCCUCAAGAUGAGGAAGAUCCUCUGAUCGACAUGUUUUGAAGGACAACAUUGAUGUAUGUA